AUGCCUAGGAAAAAGCCCAGAAAGAAAGAAUUUGUGGAUUGUUCAACAAUUACCCAAUGUGAUUACGUUCCACCUGUAGUAGUAAGAUGCAUCUGCACGCCUAAAUGCAAAUGUCCAAAGAAGAAAAGCCAGACGAAACGAGUUUGUAACAAAAAGCCCACGAAAACCGAGAAGGGCUCGGAUAAAAGCUGGGACGACGAACCGAACGACGGAUCCUGCAAGAAAAAGCAAGUUUGUGGAGCAGAAAGAAAACUGUACCCACGGAGACUUGGAAAAUUAAACGAAUUUAGCGGAGAUUCAGAAGAACUUUUUGCCGAUGAUUUGGAUGGUUAUCCAAAUUUUUGUGAAACCCCUCUGCGAGCCGAGACAUCCCUGGAUUCGGCCGAUUACGAUGCAAUUCUGCUGGUCACGGCGCCCGACCAGACAUUGAAGACCACGCAAUUGAAGGAACGGCUCGACGAGGCUCUGGAAUACGAUCCAUCGUUGAAAACGGAGAUUGCAGUUUUGCCGAUCGACCUGCCAGCGAAGAGGUUAGUGCACGCUCCUACGGGUCCGAUCGAUGCCGACUAUGACGAUGUUAGAAUAUUCAAGACCAGUGCCGCCGGGGCGGCCAAGAGGGCGCUCAAGGCGGGCGUCAAGAGGCCCCUAUUGGUCCUGGAAGAGUAUCCCAGAUUCGAACAUGCGGAGUUGGUGACUUUGUUGGGGACUCUACAGGUUUUCUAUACGCCCAUUCAAGUGAGAGAACAUGACCCAUCCAAAGAUCAGAAGGUCGAAUACUUGGGUGUCUACACGCCCAAUCCAGACAAAACCAACGAACUGGUCAGCUUGGCCAACAAGCUGGAGAAGAGCAGGAGAAUCGCUCUAGACAUCGGCGACGCCGAUCCCGAGAGAAUGUCCCCAGUAAACGUCGAGGAAUACGUGAAGAUCGCCUUCAAGAACACCGGCAUCAAACUGACCGUCGUCAAGGAAGAACGAGACUUCAAAUCCAAGUACCCCUUAUUCGAGGCGGUCAACAGAUGCGCCAGCCAGCAGGACAGGCACAAAGGACGGAUCAUCUACUUGGAAUACAAUCCCAGCGGAGAAGUCAAGGAAACCUUGUUUAUUGUUGGAAAAGGUGUGACCUACGACACCGGCGGCAUCGACGUCAAAAUCAGCGGCGCGAUGAUCGGUAUGUCGAGGGACAAGUGCGGCGCUGCCGCUGUUGCAGGCUUCAUGUACCUACUGAGCCUCCUGCAACCGGAAGGUCUCAGAGUGGUCGCCGGUAUGAGCAUGGUAAGGAACAGCAUCGGCUCUAAUGGAUACGUGGCCGAUGAGGUGAUCACCGCCAGAUCAGGAGCUAGAGUACGUGUUGUUAAUACCGAUGCCGAGGGCAGGAUGGUUAUGGCUGAUGUCUUGUGCAAGUUUAAAGAAGAUGCUCUUAAAGCUGUGAAUCCUCACUUGUUUACAAUUGCAACGCUUACUGGUCAUGCACACCGUACAGUAGGUGAAGGAUAUUCCAUUGCCAUGGACAAUGGACCGGCAAGGAAAGUUCAAACCUACCAAAAACUCCAAAAUGCCGGGGACGUGGUUGCGGAUCCCUUCGAAGUGUCCGUCGUAAGAAAAGAAGACUUCAACAAUUACAAAGGGAUAAUGGAAGGUGACGACGUUAUACAGAGCCUGCCAAGACCAUCGGUGCAGAUAGCAAGAGGUCACCAAGGACCGGCGGCUUUCUUAAUCAUGGCCAGUGGUUUGGACAAGCACGGAUCGGAACACGAGCAGCCUUUGAAGUAUACUCAUCUGGAUAUCGCCGCAUCCAGUGGAAUCUUGCCUGAACCGGCCACUGGAUCGCCUGUAAUCGCUUUAGCUAAGGCUUUCCUUUUCUAA